GACUCAGUUGCUUAUAAAAUUUUUGUUGUCAUUUCGGAUGAUGAUGUAAAUGAAUCGUUUCUUUUUUAUAAAUUGUUUUACAAAUUGUGUUUUAAUUUCAAAAUCUUAUUUUGUUGAUUAAUAAUGGCUGAAAGACGGAGCCGUAGAAAAAGAAGAGAAGCUGAUGAAGCUGUUGAAGAUGAUAUUUCUCAAAAACGUGAAUUAGAGAUUGCCAAGUAUUUAAGAAGUAAAGUACCAACUAAAAAGACCACCCUUUUGGGCCAUAAGGUGGAUUAUUUCAUUGCUUCCAAAGCGAUCGAUUGUCUUCUAGACUCAAAGUGGGCAACAAAUGAAAAAGGAGAAGAACCUUUGUUUACCACUAGAGAAUCUGUUGUAGAAUACAUGCAAAGAAUGCUUGUCCAUCAAUAUUUCCACAGAGCACAGCCAAUACCUGUUCGUAAGAAAGAUACAAAGCGAACUGAAGAUCCAACCGAGAGUUCAGCUGCCGAAGAUACUCGCGAUAAAAAGAAGGACAGAGUGAAAAAGGAUAAAAAGGAUAAAGCAGAUAAAGAAACAGAGAAGGAAAAGAAUAAAUCGAGGGAAAGUAGCAAAGAAGAAAAAGUUGAAAAAGACGACAAGAAGGAUACUGAAAAGGACAACAAAGACAAGAAAGAUGAGAAGGAACCUAAAGAAAAUAAAGUGAAAAAAGAAGGAAAGGAUGGCGAGCGAAAAAAAGAAAAACCGAGAUUUAAACUUGAUAUGCAUUUAGAACAAGUUUUUGUUGAUGGAAAUAAUCCAUAUGUUUGGAUUUAUGAGCCAACUCCCGUUCAGUCAUGGGUUAUUGGAAUACUAGUUUUGAUAGCAGCUACCGCUAUAUGUUUGUUCCCAUUGUGGCCUAGGUAUCUUCGUAAUUUUGUGUAUUACUUAAGUAUAGCUGGCGCAGGAUUUUUGCUUUUCGUCUUCUCACUUGUGAUACUCCGAUUCGUUAUUUUUGUUAUAAUCUGGUUAUUAACCUUCGGAAAACAUAAUUUCUGGAUCCUCCCGAAUCUCACGGAAGAUGUUGGUGUCUUAGAAUCUUUUUGGCCAUUAUAUCAAUAUGAAUACAAAGGAGGUAAAAAGAACGAAAAAGAUGAUGAUUCUAAAGAGGAGGAUGGAGGUGAUAAAAAGGAUAAGAAGAAGCAGAAGAAACAAAAGAGUGAAGAUGAACAGAGUGAUGAAGGUCAAAAAGUUAAAGAAGAAAAAAACGGAAGUAAUCAAACUGAUGAUGAUGACGAGGAAACAGAAGAAGUGGAAGAAGAAGAAGAGCAAAGUGAGAAAGGAACUGAAGAAGAAGAAGGUGACAACAAAAGUGGUGAAAAUGCUCCAUUACUGGAGGAUGAAGAUGCAUCGUCUAACCCAAUAAAAUCAAACAAUGGAGACGCCGACAAUGGCUUUGAAAUACUUGACGUUCAAGAAUCAAGUGAAACUUCUUGAUAAUCUUAGCCCAAGUUUGUUUCAUCCGUAGUGAUAAAACUGUUCAUUUUGAUGAAUAAUUUUCAGGGUAUCAUCCUUACAUUAUUUUCACAGUCAACAGUUAGACAACAUUUUUGUAAUAAAAAAUUGACAUUUGAUAAUGACAAUAAGCUUGAUUUUUUUGAAGUCGUAAUGAAAGAUUUAUAAAUCCAGUAAAGCAGAUGAAAGGUUGAAAUCUCAUAAAAUUAUUAUUUUAGAUCCGUCACAACAAAAAGACAAAUUUAACUAAUCGCUCAAGCAUCAAAUUAAAUAACCUGAAAAAAGAUGCUUAUACUCAAAAGAAAGAAAUAAAGAAAUGGAUUUAAUGCUCCAAUUUAAAGUCCACUCAAAGUCCAUUCAAGCAACAUCCAUCUUUAGUCAACUCUUGGUCACAUUUUCACCCA